AUGGCCAAGUUGGCCCAAUUGUACAUUAAGGAGAUAGUAAGGUUUCAUGGGGUGCCUUCGAGCAUAGUUUCCGACAAAGACCCGCGGUUCACAUCUCGGUUUUGGCAUACGGUACAGAGUGCUAUGGAUCAUUUGGGGGCAUGGGAUGAGGUACUACCCUUGAUCAAAUUUACCUACAACAACAACUUUCAUGCGAGCAUUGGUAUGGCACUGUAUGAGGCUCUUUAUGGUAGGAGGUGUAAGACUCCUCUCUACUGGUAUCAGGAUGGAGAGGCAGCGCUUGUUAGACCAGAGUUAUUAGAACAAACUACCAAGAAAGUAAGGAUGGUGAGGAACAGAAUGCAGGCUUCUCAGAGUAGGCAGAAGGCUUACGCUGACCGUAAGAGGAGACCUUUAGAGUUUGCGGCUGGGGAUCAUGUGUUCAUGAGGCUGAGGAUGUAUAUGUUUGACCCGGCUCAUGUGUUGGAAGCCGAGGAUAUACAGAUCAGAGAAGACCUCACUAUGGAAGUACCACCCAUCGCUUUAGAGGAUAGCAAGGUUGAGGAACGUUGGAGAAAAGUUGUCAGUCUUGUUAAAGUCAUUUGGGAUCGGAGGACAGAUUCCAAGUCCAUCUCUCGAGCUGCUGUGCUCCGUGGUUUCGUGUCGAAGCCUCAUCUAGCCGCUUUCCAAGUACGGGAAGUUAGGGUUUCUAUGAAAUCGUUGUUAACAUGA